UUGGUAGGACAAGUGAGGCCACACUCUAAAUGUCUUACGAAGAAAUUUCCCAUAAUACGAGGGAAAUGGCGCAAGCAUAAUACGAAGGUGGGUUUUCUUCGUAUUACGAAGGUUUUUAGGCGCGAAGUAGCCUUAUAGUAUACCCAGGGUUCAGCCGGCGGGAGAUUCAACUCGCGUGGCCCUUUAUGCAUUUUGGAAAUUUUCUAUAGGAUUUUAAUGAGAUUUUGCUGGGGCCCUUAACUUAAGGAAUAAAUUCAUCUAAUAGUGGUUGAGUUUUGACCUUGACCUCAAGAAGAACGUCCUGUCGUGACGAAUAUUUCUAGGACAUGCUAGUCACUUUACAGUAUCCUAAAAUGCGGUGCUAGCGCUGAUGAUGAUUGAUGAUAAGAGGGUGAACAUUCCAAAGUCUGUUACGAACUGCCCCACUCUCCCUUACACCUCGCCCACGCGCUAAAGCAGUAGUUGAUACCCCGGGGCAAACGGCAUGCCCCAUCCACCCCGCCCCACCGGCUCGCUGGGUGACUCAUGAGCGUCGCUCCCCCCUCCGCCCCCCACUGCAAAGCUAGGUCGGUGCCACUGGUCCGAUGCACGCCGGUUUAUCUUGUUGCUGUCAGUGUUGCCGGCGCAACGCGACGCGGUGGUCCGCUGCUGGGCCACUAGGAGACUCGCGCCAGAUCUGCGAGGUCCCAGGCCAGAACACAUUGCGCAACGACGCAAAAGCCGCGCGCCGCCGCCUCCCUUCCCCUCGCCGGGCGGCGCUCCCCCUCCACCCCCCCACCACCACCACGCGGUGGCAUCGACCCAAGGCCGACACAGCUAGCGCGGCUCUGACGCGCCGCCGGCGGUUUCUUUUGCUGUGCUUGCCAGUGCGGCCGGCGCGACGCAGCGGACAACCGUUGUGCAGUGUAGAGGCGUGGCAAGCCAGUCAACACCAUCGAGUCGACUGGCGGACGAUCACAGCGCAGUGCACUCCGAGCCUGCACGCCUUCAUCUGCAUCGGAGACGAGCCGUGGCGCCAACCACUGGAUCUUCUGGAGCGAAGAGCCGCAUCGGCAUGGCAGGAAGUGAGCCCCCCACGGCAGGGCGCAGCACUGGCGGAAGUGGCAGUGGUAGUGGCAGGUCGAGGAACGAGCUGUGGCGCCUGCUGACGGAGUACUGCACGCCGCGUAGCGACUGCGGCGUCACUCUUCCCUCCGGACCCUGCGGACGAAUUCAUGUCAAAGACAAGCGCGUCCAGAUCAUCGUAGAGCGACGAGAAUACUUGCACUCCAGCAUUUGUUCGGACACUGAUUGCGAAACGACGACAGAAAAGGUCUUUUACAAACACCGCGAAAAAAAGAAAGCUUUGUUUCAAGACGGAAAGUUCGGUGGACGUCCAGACCCUACCCUGGUGGCCAAAAUUCGAAAAGCCUUUUUAGAAUUAGUCGACGAGUUUGCAAGAACAGUGAAACCAGGCAAAGAAGAAAAUACAGAAGAUCUACCAGUGCUCUAUGAAUCAUGCUGUUCGGGUCAUUGCGAUGAGCUGAUCUAUUUGUUGGAAUUUGGAAAAAUUGGAGCUCUUAAUCGUUACCCGAAGGAUGAGUAUGAAAAAGUUAUGCAUUGCCAACAUGGUGGUCAAGCCGUCGGGCAUCAUAUGUCUUUCUUUAUGCAUUAUAUAGUCCAUUUCUUCAUAGGGACAAAGUUGUUAUUGUACAAUAAUGUUGAAAAGGCUCCCAAAUUGCAACGGAUGUACGAUCUUGCUUGUGAUGGUCAAACGUUCCUGCCUUACCAGCGUAAAAACUUGCACUUGUGGAUGAAAGACUUGGACGUAACGACAGAAAUGUGCAAGGCGGCCUUCCGCUGCAUUUACCUCUAUGUUUAUUUACGACGUAAAUUUGAGCCGGACUACAACAUAGAAACUGAUCGCAUUUUAAAACUAGGGUAUGAAGAGCGCAUUUGGUUGCGUUGUUUUUAAUCUAGGUAGACUGUCAACAUGUGUAAUCUUGAUAAAGACGAUUUUGGAUGCACAAAAAAGUUAUACUAUUAAACCGAUUUUUUAAGUAGGUGAAAUCUACCAUAUUGUCCCUUUGUUUCGGAUGUGAAAAUAGGCCGGGAAGUGCUGGAAAUCGCUCUUCAGUAGAGCUCUGACUGUAACCGGGUUUCACCGGCUUACCAUCUUUUUCCUCCAUCUACAAUCCUUGACGCUCUGGGCCAGAAGUCCGACGCAUGUAUGGUACCAAAGGAGUAACUCUCAGGCAAAACGAGGUGAAAUUUUAUCUGCAAUCUAGUUGAAGCUGCUAUUAAAUGUAAUCUGUGAAAAUGGGAACAAGGCUGAAAUAAAUAGUUGUUAUUUUUUUUAAGUUGAAUUGGUUAGUAUUCUAUCUUUAGCCUACAAUACAAAUUUUGGCAUGAAAUACAAUGCAAAGAAUA